UGGGGCAGAGAGAGGGGAGUGUUCCAGCUCAGUGCGCGUGGACCAGUGGGGGGGGAGCGGGCUCGGUUCCGCCCUGCGCGCCCCCGCCGCGGCUGGCGCGCGCUCCCGGGAGGCAGCGGUGAUAGCGGCAGACGGGCAGCAUCGGCAGCAUCGGCAGCAGCCCCGGGGAGCCUCGGGCGGGGCCGGCCUGACCGACAGACGGACAGAGGGCACCAGGAGCGCGCGGCCCGCCCGGGCUGGCUAUGGAGGGAGCCUCAUUCGGCGCGGGCCGCGCGGGGGCCGCCCUGGACCCUGUGAGCUUCGCGAGGCGGCCCCAGACCCUGCUGCGGGUCGCGUCCUGGGUGUUCUCCAUCGCCGUCUUCGGGCCCAUAAUCAACGAGGGCUACGUGAACGCCGACAGCGGCCCGGAGCUGCGCUGUGUCUUCAACGGGAACGCGGGAGCCUGCCGCUUCGGCGUCGUGCUAGGCCUGGGGGCCUUCCUUGCCUGCGCCUUCUUCCUGCUGCUGGACCUGCGUUUCCAGCAGAUCAGCAGCGUCCGCGACCGUCGCCGCGCAGUGCUGCUCGACCUGGGCUUCUCAGGGCUCUGGUCCUUCCUGUGGUUCGUGGGCUUCUGUUUCCUCACCAACCAGUGGCAGCACACGGCGCCCGGGCCGGGCACGACGCAGGCAGGAGACGCGGCGCGGGCCGCCAUUGCCUUCAGCUUCUUCUCCAUCCUCAGCUGGGUGGCGCUUACUGUGAAGGCCCUGCAGCGGUUCCGCCUGGGCACCGACAUGUCGCUCUUUGCCACCGAACAGCUGAGCACUGGGGCAGGCCAGGCGUACCCAGGCUACCCGGUUGGCAGCGGCGUAGAGGGCACUGAGACCUACCAGAGCCCGCCUUUCACCGAGACCCUGGACACCAGCCCCAAAGGGUACCAGGUGCCUGCCUACUAGUGGUGGGCAGGCCCAGACCAAGGCGCGAAGGCAGCCCCACCAGCUCAGAGCCCAAGGCCUCCUGGAGCUCUCUUGGGUCCUCCUAGCCCAGCAGCAGGGUGUGGCCAGUGUGAGCCGUCUGGGGCCAAGAGAGGGUAGCCUCCAGGGUGCUUAGGCUGUCCCCUACAAGCUCCUCCCAUCCCCUUAGUCCCCAGUCCAGGGCCUGAGGUCCUGAGGAGGGCACAGCACAGCCCUAGGCACGUGUUCUCCAGCCUCCAGUGGACCAGCCUAGGCAGGGAGCCAUGCCUUUCAGGAGCCAGCCAGCCUGGGGCUUACCUGUCCACCCUGGGCUCAGGGGUGCAGCUGCCCUCCAUAGCCAGGUGCAGGGGCUGCCCCAGACUGAGGGUGACUAGAGGAAGGGACACUGCCCCCACUCUGUGGCCUGGUAAGCAUGGCCACUGUUCCCCGUCCCAUGUCCCUGUGGGUAAUGAUGGUCCUUGCUCUCUCCUGGUGGGUCACCCUGGAGGGCCACGUGCUCUGUCUGGAGCCUCCCUCCAUUUCCUCUCACACAGGCGCACUAGACUCUGCUGGCUUGGUUGAUGUCGUGGUUCUGGUCAAGUCUUCAGGUUUCACCUCGUAGUUCCCCACAAGCAGCCCCUCUGUCUGUGGGCCCUGCUCCAGCCCUUACCUGCCUUGGCCCAGGCCCCUACUGGGGUGUGGGCAGCUCUGCCCAGGAGAGCACAACAUGGCUGUAGGCCUGGGCACCAGCCCUCUCCCAGCCCUUUAAUAAGACCUUGCCCGUGGGAGGCUUAAGACACCUGGGUGCCUGGCAAGACACACCCCUCAUGAGGAGAGAGGCCGAGAGGCUCCACCUGCCCACCACGCCCUGGAGACGGCCAUUCCGUGCAAAUCCCUGUACCUUGGCUUCCUGGACUAGUCCCUCAACUCCCCACUCUGCACCCCAUUUUAAGGCCCAGCCUGAGGUUGCAGGUCCCUCUGCAUAGCUGAGUACUCAUGCAUUGCUCAAAGCUGGCUUUUCACAUUAAGUCAAUACCAAAUGCGGUUGCCACAUAUCAUUCUUACAGACAGACGCCUCCCUCUGGAGUUGCAGUUGAGUGACAACCCUGUACAUUGUAGCAUAGACCAAUUAUGUGUGGAUAUUUAAGUGAACAUGUUUACAAUUUUUGUAUAUAUGACACUUUCCCUCUCUCUUCUGAAAGAACAAUCCGUGAUUGUGUAUUUUCAGUGUCCCAUGUUCCAACUGCAACUUCUUUACAAUAAAGACUGUAAAUGAGUUUAUCGUGGCCCAGA